AACCAGAACCAGAAGCUAUAAUUCACAUAGAUAUAGAUUCAACCAUUCAAUUACAGAGAAGAAGAAAAACUCAAAAAUCAUGAUAUCUCAAUUCUUCGUUCUCUCUCAACGGGGCGAUAAUAUCGUAUUCCGCGACUAUCGCGGUGAAGUACCGAAAGGAAGUGCUGAGAUUUUCUUUAGAAAAGUUAAGUUUUGGAAGGAAGAUGGACAAGAGGAGGCGCCACCUGUCUUUAAUGUCGAUGGUGUGAACUACUUUCACGUAAAGGUUGUUGGAUUGCUAUUUGUUGCAACUACUAGAGUUAAUAUGUCACCUUCUCUGGUGUUGGAACUCUUACAAAGGAUUGCUCGCGUGAUCAAAGAUUACCUUGGGAUCCUCAAUGAAGAUUCGCUGCGGAAAAACUUUGUGCUUGUUUAUGAAUUGCUUGAUGAAGUGAUUGAUUUUGGCUAUGCACAAACAACAUCCACUGAAAUGUUGAAAUCCUAUGUGUUUAACGAGCCAAUUGUAGUUGAUGGUGGGCGUUUGCAACCUCUGAAUGCUGCUGCCAUUUUUAUGCAAGGAACCAAAAGGAUGCCAGGUACAGCUGUAACAAAAUCUGUUGUGGCAAAUGAGCCUGGAGGUAGAAAGAGGGAGGAAAUAUUUGUGGAUAUAAUCGAGAAAAUCAGUGUCACAUUCAGCUCCAGUGGUUAUAUACUGACAUCUGAAAUUGACGGCACCAUCCAAAUGAAGAGCUAUCUUACUGGAAAUCCAGAAAUUAGGUUAGCCCUGAAUGAGGACUUGGGCAUAGGAAGAGGUAGUGGGAGAUCAGUGCAUGAUUAUAGGAGUUCAUCUGGAUCAGGAGCAGUAAUUCUUGAUGAUUGUAAUUUCCAUGAAUCUGUACGUCUUGAUAGUUUUGAUCUGGAUAGGACUUUGACUCUGGUACCUCCAGAUGGUGAAUUUCCUGUCAUGAACUACCGUAUGACCCAGGAAUUUAAACCUCCUUUCCGCAUUAAUACGUUGAUAGAGGAAGCAGGAACCCUUAAGGCGGAGGUGAUUCUUAAAAUAUUUGCUGAAUUUCCCUCAAACAUUACUGCAAACACAAUUAUUGUUCAAAUGCCAUUGCCAAAAUAUACUAUCAGAGCUACUUUCGAGUUGGAACCUGGAGUUAUUGGGCAAACAGCAGAUUUCAAAGAAGCAAAUAAGAGGCUUGAAUGGGGAUUAAAGAAGAUUGUUGGUGGAUCUGAACAUACAUUACGUGCAAAGCUGACUUUUUCUCAAGAGAUGCAUGGGAAUAUCACAAAAGAAGCUGGACCAGUUAGCAUGACAUUCACAAUACCGAUGCACAAUGUUUCUCGGCUUCAGGUGAAAUACCUGCAAAUUGCAAAGAAGUCCAAUACCUAUAAUCCGUAUCGAUGGGUGAGAUAUGUGACUCAGGCCAAUUCUUAUGUUGCUCGAUUAUAGGUGAAAGCCCGUGACCAUGUUGUUCAACCAGUUUCUGUAAUAUCUUCAUUUAUGUUUUAUUUAAUGUGUUAUACUUUAUUCUCCUUGAGGUACAUCUUUCGAUAUACAGCUGUGUUUUUGGGAAUUUAAUGGCAUUUGUUGAAUUUUAA